GCCGUGUUUGCCAACAUGGGAGGAGCCGGCCGGGCCGGCCGCGGGGACGGGACAUGGGACACGGCCCGCCGGAAGGUGCCGGGCAGCGGCAUGGGCACGGUGCGGGGCACUGGCGGCACGGCCCCGGUGCGGGACAGCGGCGGCGUGGCCCGGGGGCUCCUUCCCCUGCUCCUCGUGUCUGUCUUAAUUAUUGAAACACAAUGCAAAAAUGAUACUGAAGCUCUAAUAACGUACAAUAGGAAGAUCAUUUCCAGGAGGGAAGUUAAGUGCAACAAGGAUGAAUACCCUUUAGAUACUCAGUGUUGCAAGAAAUGUAACAGUGGUUUUGUUAAAAAUGUCUCCUGCCCAACAGAUACUAUCAAACACUGUGUUCCAUGUGAGAAAGGAAAGGAAUUCAUGAAUCACCCCAAUGACUUGGAUAAAUGUUGGAGAUGCAAAUUGUGUGACAGCAAAUUUGGUUUGGAGGUUGUAAAGAACUGUACCCCAGAAGAGGACACGCAGUGUGCCUGUGCAAAGAACUAUUUUUGCAGUCCUGUAGGAUGUGACAGUUGCAUGCAAUGUACCAUAUGUGAAAGUGGUGUAAUUGAGAAACAAUGUACUUCAUCUUCAGACACUGUAUGCGGAACAAAAGAACCAGAAACCCUGUGGUGGGUCAUUGCUUUGGUAGCUUCAGUAGCACUGCUAGCAAUAGUUGGAGCAAUAUGGUGGUGCAAGAGGAAACAGAAGGGUCUUACAAACAAUGAGCACCUCAAUAACGGAGUUUACAAACCAGAGCCUUAUGAGAGUGUACCUCUCAUAGACACAGAUGCUGACCUGAGCAACCACAUUCCUGGCAUUGUGGCAGAGAUGACACUCGCAGAAGUCAAGAAAUUUGUUCGUCACAACAAUGUAACGGAACCUGCCAUAGACCAAAGCAUUCAGGAUUGUCAUGGUGAUACAUCUGAACAGAAGAUUAGGCUGUUUCGAGACUGGUACCAAAGUCAUGGGAUGAAGGGAGCAUAUGGAACCCUAAUAAGCAGCCUGAGAGAGUUAAAAAUGUGUGCUGCAGCUGAUAAAAUUGAGGAAAAACUAAAGGCAGCUAUUUCCAGCUCUCAGGAUGGGGGACGCUCUUAUAAUCCUGACACUGAGCAAAGCAAAACUUGCACUCAAGAGGGUAGAAAUUCUUACAAUGAUAGUGCUGAGCUAAGUAAAGCCUAUACUGGUAGGUUGGAAGAGACCUAGAGCAGAGUAAUUUGAAAAUUAUUUCUGAAUGAGUAUUUUUCUAAUAUAAAUAACAGAGCUUUAAAAUGGCAUUUUCACUGGCAGUUCUGGUUGAGCUCAAGUAAGUUAUUAUAUGCCAAAGGAAUAAUUACAAAUUUUUUAGCAAUAUCUUUCCUUUAAAAAAAGGUUUAGCCUUAUUUGUUUGUUAAGGCCUGGAAGAAGUAUUAUGACUUGUUUACUAAAAGGUGCAAUAUAAGACUCCAGCCAGAGGAUUCAUUAUGAAAGGAAAAAAGUUAUUAUUUGAAGAAAAGGUAUGGUUUAAAUGCGUGGUCCUGCAUUAUUUAAUCAAUGGAAGGGUUUGCUUACAUUAAAAAUGCAGGAUGUUCCUGUUCUUUGAAGUGAAAACUCUGGUAUUAUGAGUCUAGAAAGUGUACCAGGAAGAAUACUUGAAAAAAAAGUUACCUGCCUUACAAGUGAUGGAGGUAUAGGUGUUGCUGUGUAGAUUCUACUCUGCUGCAAAUACAAUUUCUUUCAUAAAAGCACUUCUGUGUGUAUAUGGAGUUUUGUAUAUGUGUGCAAGUUUUCCGUACAGAAAGCUCACAGUUCUAGGUAAAAGUUAUUAUUUCUGUUGUUCUCAGCAAUGUUUGUAAGCCUCUUCUAAUGUUAGAAGCCUUCAAAGAAAUAGGAGCUGAAGGGUUAGCAGCACAACAGAACCAUCAUUUCUGGAAGGCAACCUUUGGAGUGCAUAAAGCUUUUCUAAUGCAGAAACUGAUGCAAUGAAAGCAAUUUUUUUAUUAAAAAAA